AUGUCUGACCAACAACCUCCACCGUAUGGAGGUUUUUCGAACUACGCCCAGCAGUGGCCAGCAUAUGCUCCGAUGAUUCCCCCAAACGCUCACAUCCGCGCUGAGAUCGGCACACCGAGUGGACUUGCGGCGAACACAACACCGAACUAUGAAAAUAACAUGGCAGCUUUCAACGCAAACGCCCAGCUCGCUGGCCCAGGUGGCUCUCCGAACCCAGCCCUCUUUUACCCACCUCCGUUCCCAUUUUUCAAUCAGUUCGAUCCGUCACAACUUCCGCCAUUCCCGCCGAUGCCUUACCCAGCAAUGGGGUUUCCUCCGCCUCUCCUUCCAACGGGCUCCUCCAACCCCCCGUCGGCGCAUCCUAGCAUGUACCCACCAGGCUUGCAGCGGCCACCUACACCAACCUCCAAAGGAAACCACGUUUUAGAACAGGCAGACAGCAGCAUGGAAGAAGGUGAAGUCAGUGAAGAAAAUGGGGAAACGCCAUUAAUUCCAUCAAAAAAUCAUGCUGUGCGCCUGGAUUCUGAGUUGGAAGAUGGAGAAGCUGCAAGCUCUAGGAGGAGCAGCGGAUCGCCAUACAAUCCUCCUCUAUCAGUGUCGGUGGACACCGGCGCAAUUCGUCAUGCGAUGCAGGCUCAAAAGCAAGAGGCAAAUGGCACAAUAACAGAUACAACUCAACCGCAGAAAUCAGCUGCGCAGCUACGACUCCAGGCUCAGGGAGCUUUGCUUAGCUUAGCUCCUCACAACAUCCGUUUCAAUGAGCUAGUCGCAGAGGGCAUAAAUCCGGUUAUUCUGAGACAGCUUUACGAGGAAGUUGGAAUAAAGGUUGUGCCACCAACAGAACAAAUUCUGGUCAAGGUUGACUCACAACCUAUCAAGGUCACACAACCCAUUGAAGCAUUUAAACCACUGGCCGAGGCAGUCAAAACAGCGAAAGCAGAUAUCGUCUCUACAAAGGCAAGCAUACCAGCUCCACAAUCUUCGGGCUCAUCGGCUGUUGCUCCCGCCAGCUCAGAUAAGCCACUGGAGAGAAAGGAACUUAUUGCGCAAAUGCUGGCUGCAAAAGCCGCGAAAGCUGCACCUUCGCCAGUGGGAAGUGUAAAGUCAGCACCGAGCCCGCCGUACAGUGCACCUCCCCCAGCGUCAAAGGAAAUGUCCGCGAAAGAGAAAAGCAAAGCUCAGACUGAGCUGGCAAGAAAACGCAUCGAGGAACUCAAGCGCAACGCUCUUCGGAAGACGCAACUUGCAGCCCAGCUGGACCAGGCCGCGGUUUCUUCGCCACCCCAACCUCAAGCUCCAGUCAUCCAGCAUCCGCUUCCCCUACGACCUCCUUUGCCCGAGCUUAAUGAGUCUGCCAGUCUACCGGGACUUAUAAUGACUGACUCAGCACAAGAGCCCGAUGAAAGUUCUGCCCCCGAACCUCAAGAUAUUUCUGUUGACCCGACUCCAUUGUCACGACAUUUGCAGCGCAAACGACCUCGUGCAUCCGACUUUGAUGAAGCUGUUGUUCCUCCGAAAAAGCCUUUUACCCCAGUAUCUGGCUAUUUCACCCCCACCGAUAGGCUUGUCAUUGCAAUCAGUGACGAUGAAUCACUCUAUGGUGAUGACGAGGAUGAAAACAUGGACAUGGAAUCGAGUCUGGAAGAAGAGCCAGUGUCAUCCGGAAGCGCGACCGCCCCCGAGCCUCCCGUUCAGCCACGGCCAUCUAUCACCAGGGCUUCCACAUCAACCCCCCAAGUUCCCUCCAGCCAGAGCGAACAAGGUGACAUUCUACUCAAAGAUAUGGAAAUUCAAGCCAUGCGUCGCAAGAUUGCGGAACUAGAGCUGCGACGCAAAUCGAAACUUGCUGCUAGUCGGACUCAGUCACCUCGCACCUUGGACGACUCUGGAGCAUCGUCAUCUGGUGGACAAUCUUUUGUCGUGGACGUUGCGGUCGCUGAUACCCCGACUGCACCUACCCCAAUCCCCACUCCUCCCUCCUCAUGUCUCGCCGACCGCCCCGAUAUCAUCGAUUCCUUCAGUGAUUCAUCUAUCAGAGUACUUGCUGCAAUGGAUAAGGAGCAGCUGAACAGCAUGCAGUCCAAAAUUUUGCGCAUGAAGCAAAUUGAAUCUGGAAUUCCUGAUCUGGACGCGGGAAUUUCUUCAUCCGAGUCUCGUCUUUCUGUUUGUCGCCAAGAGGCCGAGGCAUUGGUAGCAGACAUCACCAAAGGAAGAGAAGGUCGAUAUCAACUGGUGGAAGAGCUAAAACGACUCAGCUAUGAGAUCAACGGAUUAUCAUCAGGAGAUUUGGAUGAGCUUCGUCGACAAGCCGAAAUCAAGAACCAACAACUCCCUGCACCUGCACCGGAUGCUUCUCAAUCAUCUCCACCUACUUUGUGCAACGUCAUCUCGAACGAUUCUGGUCGUGAGCCAGAAGAUACUCCUGGCUCCCAGGAACAUGCGCAAGAGACAUGCACAUCAUACCAGACAGACUCUGCUGGAUCGGCCAUGGAUGAGUCUGAUGACAGCAGUAGCGAUGAAUCUGAUUCAUCCAACGACGAUGAACCCGCUAGCUGCCCCGUCCAAGUCGAUAUUACCGAACCUGUCCCAGAGUUUUCAGAGCCCAUGGAUAUUGACUCAUCGGAUGAAUCCGAGUCGGUGAGCUCACCAUCUGCGGCAGCCAAAUCUAGCCCAGGGCCUGUCGACCAGCACGCAGAGCACUACGAAGACGGCGAACGGUCUGUUCGCGAAACUUCAGUGGUGUCUGAUGCUUAUGAACCACCCGAGCCUGAAGGUGACGCUCAGUCUGAAGGCUCUAGCUACAGCCCUCCUCCGUUCAGCCCAGCCCCUCCAUCUCCUCCAGCUCCCGUAGAAACCACAGCAACAUCUGCGCCUUCAAUUGAAAUCAUUCAGGCUGAUGAAGCACUAACGAACGAUCACCAGGUGCCAGCCCAAUUGCCCCUACCGGACUCGCAAGUUGGCGCUCUUGGCACCCAGGAAUCAUCUGCCAGCUCGGGAAAGAGAUUCACCCCGUACAAAAGUCCUCUACGAAAUUUUAAGGCCUAUCGCUAUCACCCCAAUUAUGCUGAAGACGUUUCGAGCGGCCACCGUUCGCUAACCUACAGUCAUAAUAUUGAUUCAAUGCAAUACCUAUGCCCAUACGAAUUGGCCGGGGGUGUCUGUAAUGACCGGUCCUGCGAGUGUCAGCAUUUUCGAGACAUGACUCUAAGCGACGACAAAAUUCUCGUACAAAUGGGCGCCGUCCGAGAGGGUGAGACCGAAGAAGAAAAAGAAAGAUAUAUCGUUGGACUGAAAGAGAUUAUCAACGACAUGCGACGUGACAAGGUGAAAGACUUCGACACUGUGGCCGCCGAAAUAGCCGCAUACCGUAGGCGCUUCCUCAAAGACCCGUCGCGCGUUUUGCCCCUGUAA